GGAGAAUCGGUGUGGAUCGGCGCGUUUCAAUUCGCAGACGGUAGAAUUUUUGAAAAUAUUUUUCCAUUUGAGUUAUCCAGGUGUUUUGUCGAUAACCUAGUGAUUUUUCUCUGAUCAACAAAGCUAAGCGGCCCAAGAUCAGGAAACGGGUGAAAAACCGACGAAGAGAAGCAAAACACAAAAAAAAACAAGAGCGUGUGGUGUGGAAAUUCGACAGCGUGCUGAAAAAUCGUAAUCGUUUUAAAACUGUGAGAAGCAGCGUGGUUUUUUCCCUCCUCUUUCUACGAGAGCAACAUCAAUGUUUGUUUUGAGUAGUGUGUUUUGAUUUCAAACAAUUCUGUUAAUUAGCAGCUGAUUAGCACCAGCGCCAGUAAUCCAGCGUGUGUGUGCAGAUCAUCAUCGGCUAAAGGAUGUCGACUCGACGAGCCGGCCCACCACAGGGGCCACCGAUGGUUGGACCGCCUCUUCCUCUCCAAUACGAUCAAGGCGGAAGUGAGAAAAAACAGCGAAGCAAAUGUAUGUCCUUUGUGUGCUUCAUGUGGAAAUUGUUCACGUGCAUUUUCUCCCACGUGACGCUGGUGGCGAUGGUUGUUGCUUACUGUUUCCUCGGUGCGUUCACUUUCGAACACUUGGAGGCGGAAAAUGAACGAAACGUCAAAAAAGGAAUCAGCUCGAUUCGUGUCAAUUUAACGAAUGCAAUUUGGAAAAUGACUAACGACAAACCGGUCCUGCAUCAGCACAACUGGACGGAAGCUGCCGUCGUACAUCUUCAGUCAUUCGAAAAAGAAAUCCUGACCGCGAUGAAAAAAGACGGUUGGGAUGGAAUCGAAGACGAGGACCAGAUUCAGUGGACGUUUUUCGGAGCGCUGUUCUAUUCUAUCAUCGUAAUCACCACCAUCGGUUAUGGCCACAUUGCCCCGAAGACACACAUGGGCAAAAUUUCCACCAUUUUUUACGCCAUCCUGGGAAUUCCGCUGAUGCUGCUUUGCCUGUCCAAUAUCGGAGACAUUAUGGCCAGUUCAUUUCGAUUCUUAUACUGGCGAGUUUGCUGCUACGUAUGCACCAGGGAACCCAAAAAGCCCAAUUCCAGAAGAGGUCGCAGCCAACGGGGCACAAUUCGUUCUGGACGAAGCUCGAUGCGCUCGCAACAACAGCUCCAGCAGCAGCAACAGCAAUCACAACAACAACUUCAACCACAUCCUGGCUCCAGUCUGCGACGCUCGGUCAGAAACUCACAGCGGUCGGCAGAUUCCGGGUUUGAUCCUUACUAUGAUUCCGGCAUGGCCCACGCAUACUCGGACACCGAUUGCAGAUACAAUGAAGGCGACUACUAUCCGGAUCAGGACCGAGAGCUGAAGCGGCAAAUGAGUGGCCCACCGCCCCGUUACAGUGGCCAUAGUUUCGCCGGCAGGGAACGCUAUCGGGAAAAGCAGCAUCCGGAUCAUGAUCCACGAGGCUAUCAUCAGGAUGGGAUGGGCUACGGAAGGGGUGGUCAAAUGAUGGUGGAUGACGAAUACGUCUCGACGCCCCAGCAGAUGAAGCGUCAAAUGCGAGCCGAAUCGAUGGGCCGUGAAAUGGGACAAUCGAGAGGUUCGCAAAACUCGAGACAUUCCGGCGAUGGUAACUAUCCUGGCUACAGGAACACAAUGCCCAAAUCCGCAGCAACGCGUGCACAGUCCUUGGAUCGUCGAAUGUUCCGCCGAGAUCCCACGAUGGUGGAUUUCGACGAGGAAGGUGGACCAGGCAAGACUCCGAUUCUGUGCAAUAAGUAUGCAAUUGACGAUAUGGAUGAGCAGAAUGCGCCGGAAAGUCUGCGAGGAUCACCGAUGGGGCCACGAAGCCAAUCGAUGCCACGUCAUUCCCGUUACGGAGAUCGGUUGAUGCCGGAUCGAUUGCCCUACUAUCACGAAGAUAACGAGAUGGAAAUGCAUCCGAGCAGGAAAUCGAUGCCGCCGCCCUCUCAUGUCGGAAGACGACGGGAACUUCGUCCAGUGCCAUCGCCAUCACCACGCAUAAUGUCUCCGAUGGGAUUUGCGGUCCACCGACAGGCCCGUCAUCUGCAGAACGUCAUCGACGACAGCUCGCUCUACGACGACGAGUGGGACAUCAGAAGUGGCGAGUUGCCUCCAUCCUCAAUCGUCCGACCGGUUCCGAUCUGGCUGUGCGUAUUCCUGGUCGUCAGCUACAUCAUUGCGGGGGCGUUCAUGUUCUCGAAAUGGGAAGAGUGGUCCUUCCUCGAUUCUGCCUACUUCUGCUUCAUUACGCUAACCACUAUCGGAUUUGGCGAUUUUGUCCCGGCACAGGGCGUGAAAAACGAUUCGGAAAUUUCCAUCGCAUUGUGCUCGCUGUAUUUGCUGUUCGGAAUCGCGCUACUGGCAAUGAGCUUCAAUCUGGUGCAGGAAGAAGUCAUCUCCAACGUAAAAAGCGUCGCCCGGAGGCUGGGCAUUCUCAAGGAAGAAGAAAUGGACGAUUGAAAAGUUUAUCGGGGCAAGAAGAAUGGAAAAGAAAUGCUUCUUUUGUA